AGAAAGGAUCAUACACAACCUGACCCAGCACAUACAGAAUGUCCAAAAUGGUAUUGUGCCUGUUCAGGAUCUUAUUAUAAUUAUACUAGUUGCACUUGUCCGGGAGGCCUCUCAGAUAUUUCUGGUGGAU